AUGUGUCAGAUACACAAGGGCUUCACCAUCUGCAUGAGAUGCCGAUCCGUCACGACGAACGCCGAAUAUCGUGAGACCUGCUUUAUGGCCCGCAAUGGCGACAUGCACUCAUGCAAAAGAUUUAAAAGGGGGCGAUACAAAGUACACGUUCUCGUCGUCGGGUGGGAGGACUCACACCAAUGCAUUUUCUGCUGUUCGGGAUUCGAAGAGCCGGCUGGGGGGACUCGGACCUCCGUCAGAGAGCUGGUGACUGCGUUGAAAAAUCACGCAGAGCCCACACCACAGCCCAGACUACCCUACUUUCCACCGCUGAUGCUUCCGGGAACCCAGGACGACGGAGACAAUAUGCCCUUCACCCAUGCAUUGGACCCAAGUGGACGUACUAGAUGGGUAGAUCUUCUCUCUAGGCUCGACAACCUGCAGCAGAGAUCAGCCCACAUCCGAGAGGUUGAGCUGCGGAAUGCGGUAGUAGGCCGAGGCAUAACAACAGAACCGAAUCAAUUGCAAGCCUUCAGAAACUCGAUAACUAUCGCCAACGGCACGACUAGGAUGCCCCGUCUCCGCUCCCUUCACCUUCCCCCCCUACCGCCGCUGAUUCAGCCGGAACCGCGACCUCCCGCCGUGGAUGUAAGCCGUCAAAGAUCACAGUCUGAGCCUAACCCGAUCAUAGUCUUGGACUCUGAUUCCGAUUCCGGUUCCGAUCCUGAAAGCCAGAGCGGGGGUCAAGCCUUGCCCAACAACAUGGACGAUAACGUACAAGAAGUGGACCGCAGUGAAGAUGAGGAUAUAGAAUCUGUAGCAGGCCGACCUGACCCUAGACUUCGUCGUGUGGCAAGCGAAGGGCGUUUGAGCGAGAUGCGGGAGUAUGAUAAUAGCGAUGAUAGCGAUGCGACGAUUGACGCCCCUUAG